GGAAGUGCAGCCUUUCAAAUAUUUGCCGUGGUUAUACGGAGCUGAAGGAGGCUUUCUGGUUCAGACGACAUUAUGCUUGUUCCAUCUGUGAUUCCACCUGUGAUGUCACAAGUGAACUGCGACGUCACUCAGACCUGAUUAAAGCAGUCUCUCAGUGUGACUGGUUUUUUCGCAGAUGUUUUAUUGCGACGGUCUAAGAGCUCGAAGGGGGGAGGAAGGGUGACUCGGCAAGUCGUCCCACGGGUCUGUUUUUUUCCGGCAGGUACCGCCGAGCGCCCUGGUCGCCGGCACACGGGGGAACUCGGCGAACCCGCGCGUCUUUUCGAAGCGCCUCAGGCGCCGCUUCGGGCCCCUCCGGCCCGUGGAGAGGGAACGGGGGCCGGCUGGCUGGCGGGCGAAGAUCGCGCUGGAGCAUCGCGUGCCGAGAGGGAGACGGGGAACGGGCUGGCGUCCUUCGUGUCCGAGCAGUCGCUCCGAGGAAUAGCAGCAGUGUUUUUCUCUCCCUGGGGAACACCCUGGUGACAGCGCAGCGGGGGAACAGGCUACCUCACACACACACACGCCGCACACACACACACACACACACACACACUCUCGCACAGGGAGAGACCCAGUCCACAAGGGAGCCAGGAACCUGGUCAAGGCCUCGGGCUAAGGGCGGGGCUCCUGAGCCCAGCGGUCAUGGGGCGACCGGAGGAGGUUGUGCUGCGGUCAGGCGGUCACGGCGUGGUCCUGGCCCUCCUGCUUCUCCUCGCCAGCGUCUCAGGCCUCUUGCAAAUGCCAAGAGUCUUCCUCACCUUCAAAGAGCUGGAGGCGUCCCAGUCCUUUGAGCACUACAGCCUGUCGGAGCAGCCGCUGGACUACAGGAUCCUGCUGGUGGACGAGGACCAGGACCGCAUGUACGUGGGCUGCAGGGACCACCUUCUGUCCCUGAGCAUCAACAACAUCACCCACCGGCCGCUCAAGGUGUACUGGCCGGCGUCCGCCAGCAAGAUCGAGGAGUGCCUAAUGGCGGGAAAGGACGCGACGCACGGGUGCGGGAACUUCAUCCGGGUCGCGCAGCCCUUCAACCGGACGCACCUGUUCGCCUGCGGCAGCGGCGCGUUCAGCCCCGUCUGCGCCUACGUUCACAGGGGUCGAAGGUCAGAGGAGCAGGUGUUCCACAUCGACUCUCGGAUCGAAUCGGGGAAGGGGAGAUGCUCUUUCAGUCCCCAAAUCAACACCGUCUCCGUCAUGCUGAACCAGGAGCUGUUCUCGGGGAUGUACAUCGACUUCAUGGGGACGGACGCCGCCAUUUUCCGCAGCCUGACCCGGAGGAACGCCGUGAGGACGGACCAGCACAACUCCAAGUGGCUGAGCGAGCCGGCGUUCAUCGACGCCAAGCUGAUCGCGGACGGCUCGGACCCCGACGACGCCAAGCUCUACUUCUUCUUCCGGGAGAGGCUGACGGACGGCUGCGGCAACGUCAAGCACAUCCACAGCAUGGUGGCGCGCGUGUGCCCGAAUGACGUCGGGGGCCAGCGCAGUCUGGUGAAUAAGUGGUCCACCUUCCUGAAGGCCAGGAUGGUGUGUGUGGUGCAGGAGCCCGACGGGACGGAGACGCACUUCGACGAGCUCGAAAGCGUGUUUUUACUGGAACAGGAGCACCCCAAGAAGACCCUGCUGUUUGCCGUCUUCACGUCCACGAGCUCGGUGUUCAAGGGCUCGGCGGUCUGCGUGUACAACAUGGCCGACGUCCUGACCGUCUUCAACGGGCCCUUCGCCCAGAGAGACAACUUCCAGUGGACGGCCUAUCAGGGGCGGAUCCCCUUCCCCCGGCCGGGCACGUGUCCCGGCGGAGCCUUCACCCCAAACAUGCACACCACCAAAGAGUUCCCCGACGACGUGGUGACCUUCGUCAGGCACCACCCCAUGAUGUUCAAUCCCAUCUACCCCGUGAGCAGGAGGCCGCUGGUCGUGCGCACGAACGCCAACUACAAGUACACCGCCAUCGCCGUGGACCUGGUAACCGCUACCGACGGCCGCUACCAGGUCCUGUUCCUGGGGACAGACAAAGGAACCGUUCAGAAGUUGGUGGUUCUCCCCACGAACCACUCCCUGGGUCACGACCUGAUUCUGGAGGAGCUGGAGGUGUUUAAGAAUGGGGCCCCUGUGACGAAUUUAAGAACCUCCCCAAAAAAGCAACAGCUGUACGUGAGCUCGCAGCACGGAGUUUCCCAGGUGUCUUUGCACCGUUGCCAUGCCUACGGCUCGGCCUGCGCCGACUGCUGCCUGGCCAGGGACCCGUACUGCGCCUGGGACGGCCUCAGCUGCUCACGCUUCUACCCCACUGGCAAGAGGAGAAGCAGAAGGCAGGACAUUAUUCAUGGGAACCCACUGACACAGUGCAGAGGAUUCAACCUCAAAGCCUACAGGAACGCCGAGGAGACUGUCCAGUUCGGGGUGAAGAACAGCACCACCUUUCUGGAGUGCCUCCACAAGUCUCCCCAGGCCUCAGUCCGAUGGCUCGUCCAGAGGGACAGCGACAGAAGAAAAGAGGUGAAGCCGAGCGAGCGGCUGGUCCCCUCGAGCGGCGGGCUGCUGAUCCGCGCGGCCCAGCCGUCGGACGAGGGCCUGUACUACUGCCAGACCACGGAGAACGGCUUCCGGCGCACGGCGGCGCGGGUGCGCCUGCGCGUGCUGGGCGACACGGCGGCGGCGGCGGCGCUGGCGGACAAGCGGCGGUCGGCGUGGGCGCUGGCCGGGGCGCUCCACCCCAAGGCGCUGCUCCCGGCGUUCGGCGGCGGCGCCGACGCCCUCGCCCUGCAGCAGUACUGCAAGGAGCAGCGGCAGGCCGACAGGCCCCGCCCCCCGGCCCCGGCCCCGCCCCGCGGCGACCUGGCCAAGCUCAAGCCCUUCCUGGACCGGGGCAAGAGCCGAAACCGGAGGAACCACCACCCUCCCGGGGGAUAGGACGCGGGGGGGGGGAGACCAGGGCAGGGGGGCGGGGCCAGGGAGGGAGCGAGGGGCGGGGCUUGAGUUUGCAGCAGCCUAUCGGGGGAAGGUCACAGCCACUCCCAGCGGGGAUCCAGACACCUCCUCCACCUGCUCCGCAAACUUUAGCAAACCUUAGCAUGGAGGAGGAGCGUACCAACGGCAAUAGGUAAAAAUUCGCUAAAAUAUAUCCUGUUAAAACUACAAAAUUUACAUACCAUUACCUCCCGUGUAAUAGCAUGUAAAUUGUAAGGGCUCUUGUAAGUGUCGAUGUACUGAAUGCAACAGUCCACGUAAAACAGCACUGAAUUAAACACGGGUGGUGGCGGUAUUCAGAUAUGGGAAAAAAUGCACGCUAACACGUCAAUACGAAACACCAAACACCUCCCAAAUAAAUGCAUCUCAAAACUACAGCCAAAAUGGCGGAGGUGUCAUUUGGUCUUCUGGUGGCACAGAGGUGUAAACCAAUCAGAAAGAGGCCAGUAAACCAUGUUACAUGUGAAAUACAUGCAAAUACGUAUUUCAGGUACUUAUAUUUCAUCCAUGGGAGCUGAGUCUUAUUGCUUUAAUCUUUCCUGUGUGAGGUGCUUAUGCCAGACCACUGUGAGAGACACACACACACACACACACACACAGGUACAGACAAGGGCUGUGCGGCCUUUAUAAAGCAAGCAUAACCACGUGAGCAGGGGUAUUACCACUUUAUAAAGCAGUUAUAAGCAGUUAUAAGCACACGUUGUGCUUUAUUACGGGUGGCAUCGAGCGAUACGCUACGUGUUUUAGCGCGCGCAGUUUCAAAUCGCACUGUCGCUCUACGUCUGCUGUCACAAUGCAUCGCCGUUUAUGAACCCUCUGUUCAAAGCACAACUGUGCUUCAUCACAGUUUUAAAAAAACUGCACCAGCUAUAUUUUACGAGCAUAUUUAACGGUUCCUACCGAAGCAUUUCAAUCACGGUUGUUUUGAACCGCAAGUAUACAUGCACUCGCAUUCAUUUUGAACAUGAACUGAGAAAAUACUACUUGUUUACUAAACUGUAGGGAAAUGGGUUCUAAAACUCUGUGAGUGCGUUUUAUUUAUGUUUGUUGCAUUUGAGCGACGUAAAUCAUAAAUAAAAACACUUUUCGGAAAAGCCGUGAACGGAAUGAUGGCUGAAGCAACGAUGUACGUGCGCUGACUGCAUCUUUAAAGUUUCCUGAGCAAAGAAUACGCAGGGAUAAUUUAUCAUUCCUUAAUGUAUGUGUAGUCAUGUGUAUAACCGCGGCCUCGAGAAUCCUGAAAAUUGCUAGCAGUUGGACGUCCGAGACCUUCAAAGAUGGUCACAGUCAGCCGUUGCCAGAGAUGAGAUCAAAUUUUCCGACUUUCGUUCCUUGAGCGAAACUAUAGCCAAAUUUCGUCAACCCAGAGAUAAGUUGUCUUUAGGGUGGUAUGGCUGCUUAGCUUUAGCAGUAUAACAUGAGAAGGGUACAGGGUGGUAUGGCUGCUUAGCUUCAGCAGUUUGACUUGAGAAGGGUACAGGGUGGUAUGGCUGCUAAGCUUCAGCAGUUUGACAUGAGAAGGGUGCAGGGUGGUAUGGCUGCUAAGCUUCAGCAGUUUGACUUGAGAAGGGUACAGGGUGGUAUGGCUGCUUAGCUUCAGCAGUUUGACAUGAGAAUGGUGCAGGGUGGCAUGGCUGCUCAAGUUCAGCAGUUUGACGUUUGAUAAAAUGAAAUUUCGAGAUGAGAAAAUUCAGGGAACUGGCAAAGAUGGCGUCAGACUGAAAAAGAAUUGGUUCUAACGAAUAUCCAAACAGACAAACAGGAAGACACUUUAAAGAUGCAGACUUUGCCAAAAACACCACAAACACUGUUUAGAUUCAUUUUUUUUUUCUGUCAAGUUCAUGCAGCAAAUACACUCUUAACGCCAUUGUAUUACUGUUAGUUAAAAUAUUUAAAUUAAUUUUGAAUUAUGAGGUACUAAAGCAUAUUUCGCCAAAAGGGAUUUAUAACAUAUAGCAUCAUAUCAAACUGCACUUUGUCUUGCAAUUAAAUAGAUUAAUAUUUUGUAAGUGCUUUAAUAACUUGCUUUUCCUAAUGGAGGAAUUUAAUGUCUUAAAAUGUGUCUGAGGAUUGUCUUUCCUUAAAUAAUUCAUCAUUUAAACACAAGAUUGUGUAAAAAUGACAUUAUUAUUAUUAUUAUUAUUAUUAUUAGCACCCAGUUAUGCUUGUGUGUUACAUUGAAAGAUUAUGUAGUUGUACAGUCUUGUAUGUGUUUUUGUAUUUUUGUCUUUCGCUGGCAUUUGUGUCAUCCAGUCCGAUUGUGCAAUUAGAAUGUAUAGUGUAAUUAUUACAUUGCUUCAGAUAUUCUAGACCAUAUCUGCACAUUGCAGAGAAAUAAUAUUUGUCAUUUUUGUUCUUUUUUUUUAAUUCACUAAGUACGUUUGCCAUGUUAAGUUUGCUUCACUGCAGAUUACAUGAGUGGGGUCAGUGCGCUUAGGAUUAACAUUAAGAUUUUGAUUUAACGGAAAAAAAUUGAAUCACCUUGAGCAAAAUGUCUUGUCCCCAAAAGUUAAAAUGAAAAAAUGUACAAUGUAUCUUUAUUUAUGACUGUAAUAUGCUGGAUUUCUGAUAAAAAUGUAUUAAGAACAAA